AUGGGCGCGGCUACUCCCGCCGCCGAGGCGGAUUCGCAGUCCGCCAAUGGCGCGGGCGCUAUGGAUUUCGACUGCGCGCCGAGCAGCGCAGCUGCGCCGCACUUGCCGCAACCCGCCCCCGCGGUCUCGUCGCCCGGCGCAUCGCCUUGCACUCCGCCAAUCGCCGGGUCCGCCGUAAGCACGCGGCAGGCGCAAUCUUCGCUGUACGCGCGGCGGCAGGCGCGGCUGGCGGGUGGCGGAGAGAGCAGCGCGGAGCUGAGGCGCACGCGGAGCCUGGACGUGGAGCGCGCGCAGGUGGUGACGAUGAGGGGAGCGGAGGGCGGCGGCGGGAGUGGCGCGGGCGUGCAGGGCUUGGGAUGGACCACGACUGGAACCGCCGCGGCGCUGGCAGCGGCGCAUGGCGUAGGGGUUGGGGGAGAGGCGGGCGGUAAUGGCGAGGCGAGCAAGGCGCACAGGGACAAAGGCGCAAGUGCAAGCUCGAGCCGAGGUACGUCGCGCUAUGCUGUGCCCUUGUGUGCUCUCAUAUGCGCUCGCUUGCCUAUCACGAGCCACGUGUGUGCAUGCGCGCGUGUGCACGCAAUGCCGUGUGCACCACGCGCCUCUCAAUCUGUCCCCCCUGCUCUCUCACUUCCUGUCCUCACACCCCCUUCCCCUCUCUUCCCGCCAGGCCCCCCUCUCGCCGACUCGCCCUUCCUCUCGCGCCUUUGCCGCGGUCGCCCCCCCGCGCCCUCCCCACUCUCCUCCCUCGCCCCCCGCCGCACCGCCUCCUUCACCUCCUCGCUCCUCUCCCCGCUCGCCCUCCCCUCCGCGCCGACCCCUCCGCCCCUCACCCAUCCUCCCAACCUUCCCCCACAUCCCCCCCAACAAUUGUGCUCGUCUUGGGAAACGGGUGGGGAAAGGGCGGGGACGCGGGAGCGGGGGGCGCACGAGAGCGCAGUGGCGGAGGCAGCGGCGGCAGUGGCGGCAGCAGCGAGCUCCAUUGCCGCCGCGCUGGAGCAGGGGGGCGCGGGGAUGGGCGCGGGUAGGCGGGCGGUGGGGCAGGGCAGAGCCGGGGGGAAAGCCGUUAGCGGGGGGGAUGAGGGUGGGGCACUGGCGGGGGAGAUGGAGGGCAUUUGGCGGGCGGUGCAGCAGCAGCUGCAGGCGCAGUCGCAGGGGGGAUCGGAGGGGGGAGCAGCGGGCGCGCAGCAGGGGGUGAUGGCGGUUGAAGAAUCCGGGAUGGGGGGAGACAGUAACAUGAGAGGCGCGGGGAGGGGAGGGGGAAGCAGAGGUGGGGGGGGACGCAGACUGCUGAAGGCUGCGAGUGCUGGCAGGGAGAGGGGGAGGGCGGAGGGAGUGGAGGGCGCGGCUUGGAACAUGGUGUGGCAAGCAUUGGACGGUAGCGGUGAGGGGGAAGGGGAGGCAGCAGCAGAGGGGGUAGGGGAGGCGACGGCAGGGCAGAGCAGUGGGGGAGAGCGGUUGAGUGUGGAGGAGGAGGGGGAAGAUUGGGAGGAGAGGGAGAGGGAGGAGGCGCGGAGGAAACUGCUGGGAAGGGGAGUGAGGCAACUGACUCGCACCAACAGUUGCCCGCCCUCAGUGCACCGCGCACAGGCUGUUGACGUGGGCGGGGACGAGGCCAUGGCAUGUCGCAAGCGGCGUCGACUGCCGGCUGACACGCACGGCACCGUGCCAUGGCCGCAUGCGCAGCCCCACGUGCAGCCAUCGACGUCCACCUUUUCUGCUGCUGCUGCUGCCCCCUUCUCCUCCUCACACGCUGGUCCUGCUACCGUCGCCACCGCCGCCACUGCUGCUGGCAGUGCUGGUGGUGGGGGCGGGCAGGGGCAGUGGUGCAAGCAGGAGAGCGAGGGGGAGGAUGGGGAGUGUGGGAGCGCCAUUGGGGCAGAGCAGAGCAUGGGCAUGGGGAUGGAGAGGCAGUGCCGCUGGGGGGGAGAGGAGGCGUGGAGUGGUGAGGAGGGAAGGAGCAGUGGGAGAGAGGGGGUGAAGGGGGGGGGCAGGAGCGCGGAGGGGAAGGGUGGGGGAGCGGGAGUGGGGCAUGGUCGAGCGAGGAGAGGGCAGGCCACGGACAGCCAUAGCAUUGCCGAGCGGGUGCGGAGGGAGAAGAUAUCGGAGCGCAUGAGUGUGCUGCAGAGCCUUGUGCCCACGUGCGCUAAGGUGACGGGCAAGGCCAUGAUACUGGACGAGAUCAUCAACUACGUGCGCUCGCUGCAGCUGCAGGUCGAGCUGCUAUCGAGCAAGCUGUCAGCCAUGGAGUACGACCUCAUGCCUGAGGACGACCUGCUGCCUGAUGCUGACCUCUUCCAGCUCACCCCAGAGCACCUGGUUGGCUUCCCCGGACCUUCCUACGCGCCCGCUGCAGGGCGCCCUGCACCCGCGGAGGGCGAGGGGAACCACGAGGGCGCAGGCAGUGGGGGAGAGGCGGAGGGGGAGCAGGGGGCGGGUGGUGGGGGCGUGUCGGGGAGCAGGAGUGGAGGCGAGUGGGUAGUGGGGCAGGGAGGGGCGGUGGUGAAGCAGGAGCAGUGGGAGGAGGUGGGUAUGUUCCUCCGGGAUGAUGGGGGCCCGGGGGGGGAGCACGGCAACGGCUCUGCUGCUUGCAAGUGGGAGGCGGAGGAGUCUGACGUGGCAGACAGUGGCGGGGUGGUGGGAGGAGAGGGUGAGAGCAGGAAAGGCGCGGAUGCGCAGGCAGAGGGGACGAGGGGCAAGGGCGGAGUGGUGUGGAAUGGCAACGGCAGUGGCAGCUGCGGGGGUGCAAACGGCACGUAUGAGGGCGCAGAUGUGUGUGAUGGUGGGAGGGCAUGUGAGUGGCCGGCCCUCUUUCCCGCAGAUGCGGGUGGGGAGGCGGGUGUGGUGGGCGAUGGGGGGGUGGACGCAUGGUGGAAGCAUGGGCUGGAGGACACAGGGGGGCCGGGCGGGGGCGGAGUGGGGGCAGGGGAGGUGGAUGCGGAGCAGGCAGCGGAGAGCGAGGGGCUGAUGGACAUGCUGCUGUGCCACAUGAGUGGCGGCAUGCAGCACCUCUCACUGCACCCUCACCCCCACACUGCCCCACACACACACCCCCCAGCUCUCACCCCACCUGGCCCCCUUCACCCCAAUGGGCUGUAG